UUUUCUUUAGAUUUUUCCUAUAUUUUUCUCGGAGCUGCCGCUGGCUCCGAGUUCUGGGGUCAUUACUAGUUUUGUACUCGCUGGCCUUCCUUUUCCACACGUCCGCAAUUUUCAACACAAUACACGUAAUCAUUCUAGAAUAUGUGAGCUUCCCUGCUAGUCGUCAAGGGUUGUCAAAUUUGGACUCGCAUGCUACAACCAGUAUCAGGAAAGACUGGCGUAUAUAUAGAUGGGCUGGCAGACUAGCCACACUGCUUGCUGUGCAGACACCUUCUGUUGUUCACAAACCUAUUUAUACUACAACACUAAUAGACUUUACUUUUUGUUUCCUACGAUGACCUCCAAGCAGGAACUCGAUCCCUCAAUGUCGUCUGAGAAGCAAAGUACCAUUGCUUCUGCUGCCGCAUCUUUCAAGUCCGAGCGAGCCAUCGAAUCUGCCUCUGAUAACCCUCCAGCCACUGCUGCUCUAAUCGAGAUGUCUACGUUCAAGCGCAUUGUUGUUUUUGUGUCUUUGGCACUGACCAUGCUGCUAGCCAGCCUGGAUCUAACCAUCGUCACCACAGCCAUCCCCAAGAUUGCCAACCAAUUUGAAGCUCUGUCGGACGCAACGUGGAUAGCAACAGCCUAUUUCCUGACUACAACCGCACUGCAGCCAUUGUAUGGCCGUCUGAGCGAUACAUUUGGGCGUGUUCCAACGCUCAUAUUUUCUAUCGUCAUAUUCAUUGCCGGCAGUGCUGUGUGCGGGUGGGCAAACUCCAUGGGCGUGCUGAUUUUUGGGCGUGCCUUUCAGGGGAUUGGUGGUGCCGGCCUGGUCGCACUGGUGUUCAUUAUUAUUUCUGAUGUGACUACCGAAGAGCAGCGACCGGCGUACUUGGGUGUGCUCGGUGCCGUGUGGUCACUUGCAUCCGUGAUUGGACCCGUGCUUGGCGGCGUGUUUUCCGACAAGGCAAGCUGGCGCUGGGCAUUCCUCAUUAACCUGCCCGUAGCUGGCGUAGUGCUGCUGAUUGUGAUUUUCCUGCUGCGGUUGCCGCAGCCUACAGGUUCGUUCAUGUCCAAGCUGCGCAAGGUCGAUUUCUUAGGCUCAUUGGUCCUGAUUGGAUCGGUGGUCAUGCUGAUGCUGGCAUUGACCUGGGGCGGCAAGAACUUCCCAUGGAACUCAGCACGCGUUGUGUGUCUGCUGGUGUUUGGUGUGGUCGGGCUGGGCGUCUUCAUGGUGAUAGAGUGGAGAACUAAGGCCGAUCCCAUUGUGCCCAUCCACCUGUUCCGUCACCGCAAUAUCAGUCUUUCUGUAAUUGGCCAGUUCUUCAUGGGUGUCGCCAUGUUUUCACCCCUGUUCUUCAUCCCCAUCUGGUACACAAUAGUCAAGAACUCGAGCGCCAUCAGCUCAGGUCUCCACCUUUUGCCAUAUCUCCUCAGUCUAUCGCUGAUGUCGGUUGUCUCGGGAUUCGUCGUAACAAAGUACGGCCGGUACCGUGCCAUGGUGAUCCUGGGAACCGCUGUGUUUGUGCUGGGAACAGGGCUUUUGAUUCUGUUUGACGAGCAGACAAGCUCGGGUAAGCAAAUCGGGUACAUGCUGAUAGCUGGCUUUGGCCUAGGCCUUAACAUCCAGAUCCUCCUCAUCGUCGUGCAAGCCGCUGCACCCAAAGAAUACAUGGCCGCCACUACUACACUGUUCCUCUUCAUGCGCGUGCUUGGCUCCAGCAUCGGCAUCGCUAUCCUACAAAGCGUUUUGCAGAAUGCCUUGAAGCCCAAGCUCACAGACCUUGUGGCCCAGAACCCGCAGUAUACCUCGCAGAUUCUGGCAUCGGUCAACGACCAGGCAGCUAUCUACCACUCAGGUCUACCGGAUGAUGUCCGCACAAUGCUUGUGCACGCAUAUGUUUUGGCACUGAAAAAAGUCUUCAUUGCAACUGUGCCGUUUGCCGCAGUAUCAUGGCUGUUGACAUUGCCGCUGGAGCAUAUCCCUCUGACACCUGAUAUUAAAGUUGGUGUCACAGAGUAACAGUGGAAUGAAACAUGGAAUAAAGGGGUUUAGAAAACCACUAUAUAUCAUUCCCUGAUUAUAAAACCAAUUAAAAUUUUUAAUCCCAAUAUGUAUAUGAGCCUACUGACAACACCCUAGAGUGGGCAUACACUACUAGCAGUCAUUGCGAAUGGUGAG